AACCAAGUAUAUAUCAGAGCUAGCUAGCUUCAAUCAAUCCUUCAUCGAUGGCUUCCAUUAUUAAGUACUCUUAUACAACGUUGUUUACUUUAUCCAUGAUAUUAUUAAUCUUCCAAGCUAGUGCUCAUGAAGGCCAUGAUCAUGGAGACAGUGAAGAAGAUGACAGUCAUGACAAACUUCAUGGAAGAUCACUCAUUCUAGUAAAGGUUUGGUGUCUUAUAAUCCUUCUAGUGAGCACCUUUGCAGGAGGUGUAUCACCUUACUUUCUCCGGUGGAAUGAGAGUUUUCUCCUUCUCGGCACGCAGUUCGCCGGAGGGAUCUUCUUAGGCACAUCUCUCAUGCAUUUCCUCGCUGAUUCAACAGAAAAUUUCGGCGAUCUCACCACCAAAAAUUAUCCAUUCUCCUUCAUGCUUGCUUCUUUUGGUUAUGUACUAACCAUGCUUGGAGACUGUAUAAUUCAUGCGGUGACUCAAAGCUCAGGCAGAGAAGCUAAAGUGCAAAUAGAGGAAGGGAGCAGUAUUAAUACAGAUCAAGUGGAAAAUCCACAUCUUGGUUUUGUUAGGACAACAUCAAUUGGAGACACUAUUCUUCUCAUACUAGCUCUUUGCUUCCACUCAGUGUUUGAAGGGAUUGCUGUAGGGGUUUCAGACACAAAGAGUGAUGCAUGGAGGAAUCUAUGGACUAUAAGUUUGCACAAGAUCUUUGCAGCCAUAGCCAUGGGGAUUGCACUGCUUAGGAUGUUACCCAAGAGGCCAUUGCUAAUGACUGCAGCUUACUCCAUGGCGUUUGCUAUCUCAAGUCCUAUUGGUGUUGGGAUUGGUAUAGCUAUUGAUGCAACAACACAAGGAAAGGUGGCUGAUUGGAUCUAUGCCAUAUCGAUGGGCAUUGCAUGUGGGGUGUUUAUCUACGUUGCUAUCAAUCAUCUUAUUGCCAAGGGUUUCAAACCACUUGAGCCUUGUUACUUUGAUAAACCAUUCUUCAAGUUUUUUGCAGUGCUUGCAGGGGUUGGAGUGAUGGCUGUUGUUAUGAUUUGGGAUUAAUCAGAGUGGAUAUGUAUAAUAUCUGAUAUGCAUGCUUGUGUUCAUGUUCUUAUGAUAAGUGGUACGUACGUACGUUCUGUAAUAUAAUGUAAUCUAUGUUUUCAAAACUUUUAAAAUCCUUGAGAA